GGAUUUAAUAUUUGUAUACAUAACACAAAUACAUACAAUCAAAAAAGCACAUGUUAAAAUAUAUACAAGACUGGUGAAAGCUUAAUUCUGAUUCUGACAUUUGUGGGUUAAGAGGAUAUUUCUUCAUGUUGGAAGGUUAUCUUAUAACUGCCUAUGGCAUACUUUCUUACACCUUCUUCCAAAGCAUCUGAUGUCAGCCACUGUCACAGACAGAGUUUUGGGAUAAGUGGGCUGUUGGUCUAACUCAGUAUAGCAAUUCAUAUGUUUUUAUUUAAAUGUAUAAACCGAAUAUGCAUGAACCUGUCCCUCCAUUGCAGUAGCACAGGAAUGGCCAGACUCUAGGUUAGACCACGCCAGGCUCUUGCUUCCACCAAUGACCAGCAUGAACUAUUUCAAAGGAAAGGGCAAGAUCCUUACUGUAAGCAGGCAUAGAAUAACCUGAUACCCACAUGGCCUUAGCCUGAUCUACCCCCGUUAGAAACUGGCUUAAGCUCUUAAUGCAUGAGAUUUAACAUCACUUCAAUGUUCCUUAUGGUUAUUAAUGAUGAUACUCUGGCUAUUCUUGAUAGCCAUAUAUAUGUCUAAUCAGUUUUAAAUCUUGUCCUCAAGGACUUCCUCCAACAGUGAGGGAACAAUGUAAUGAGAAAAAGUAUUUCCUUUUAUCAAUUUUAAACAUCCUCCUUUUAAUUACAUGGAACAUUCUCUUGCUCUUGUAUUCCAAGACAAACAGAACAGAAACUCCCAGUCUGUCUUGUCCAUGUUGUACAUUGCUUUAUCUACACCACAACAAAAUUAUUCCUGUCUGCUAAACAUAAGGUGAGGGGAAGCUAAAAAGAACUCGUGGGCACUGAGAAUUCAUAGUUAGCCAGUGGAAGUAGCCUUGCUGCAUCAAGGUAUAAUUGUGGCCAAGAGUUUAGCAGGAUUCAGAAAGAGACAAGAAUAUCCACAGUGUGAAAUGUAAAUGCAUGGUUAUGAGAGAAGAAGAAGAAAAGUUGUAAGUAUAAAUAAUAAUCAUAUACUUAUCCUUUUUUGUACAAUUUAUCAGCUGCAGGAUUCAGUGCUUUACAAUGCUGGCUAAACACUACCAGCUCUAUAGUGAACUGGGUACCUCUGUUUCCAUACUGUGCUCCAUACUCCCCCCUCCUGCUUUAGCUUCAAUCUUUUGCCCACACAUAGCAUUAACCUUCUUGCCCAGUUAUGCAGGCAGACAGGGCAGAAAUGCCAGGCAGUUCAGAAUUUGUUCUGGUAUUGCAAAACAGGAUUUUCUUAGUUUGGGCACAAACUAAGUUUGGCUUCCAGAUGUCUGCUUCCUACAACGACAGACAUUCCCUAUUACUUCUUCAGAAAGUGCUUCUGGUUUCAGUAAUGGGGAGGGCAAGUGAGCAGCUGCUGUUACAAGGAACUGUGCCUUAGGAGAGUACAGGGGAAAGGGCAGAGCUUUGGGCAUGGGGUGGAGACAUAUCAGAUUCAGAGGGGUGGGACUAGAGGUGGGAGCAGGUGGUGACUUGUUUAUCUGCUCAGCUGUUGUGAGGCCUGAGAGAGAGACAGAAGCAGCUGGGAGAAGGAAGAAAGGAGCUCAGGGCCUAUUACUCUUUCUGCCUUACAGGUUUGUCCCUGACAUGAAGUCUCCAGCUGGCCCAACCAGAUGGCUGUUACUGCUUGUCACCGGUCUGGUUUCUCUUUGCCUUUCCUUCCCACUGUGGAAGGACCGGGACUUCUUGAUGGAGGAAGAGGAUGCCCACCGGACAGGUGGCAACCUGGUGCUUGGGAAUUGGGAACAGAAGCUCAAUGAGAAGCUCAUAACCCUCAAGGAGAAGGAAGUGGCCAAGGCCAUCAGUACUGGACAGUUCCCACCCAGCAUGCACUUCUUCAAGGCCAGAAGCCUCAUUGACCAAAGCACAGUGUUCAGCAUCUUGAAACGCAUGCCCAAAGGUGCAGUCCUACACUUGCAUGACUACGCAAUCCUGAGUGCAGACUGGCUGGUGAACAAUGCCACCUACCUCCCUGAUUGCUACAUCUGCUUCACCUUCUUGGGCACAGUUCGGUUCAGGUUUUCCAAGCCUCACCCUCCCAGCAAAGUGCCACCCAACUGCUCAAAGUGGGUGUUGCUGGAGACAUACCGGAAGCAGCUGCACAACAUCACAGAGUUUGAUCACAGCUUGCUGAAGAACCUGACUCUGGUGACAGAUGAUCCAGAGGUGGCCUACCCAACUCAGGCUUUUAUUUGGAAAAAAUUUGAAAAUGCCUUUCUCACUGCUUCUGACCUCAUCUGCUAUGCACCUGUGUUCAAGGCCUAUUUCUAUCAGGGGCUGCUGGAACUCUACAAGGAUAACAUCCAGUAUGUCGAGAUAAGAGCAAUACUCCCACAGGUGUAUGAACUGGAUGGUACCACACACAACAAAUCCUGGUCUGUGGUGACAUAUCAGGAGGUGACGAGGCAGUUUGUUAAAGAUCAUCCCGAUUUUAUUGGAGCAAAGAUUAUAUUUACAGCACACAGAAUGCUGAAUGUUUCCCAGAUUAAAGAAGCCAUCUACACAGCCAUGUUGCUCAGAGCCCAGUUCCCGGACACUUUAGCAGGGUUUGAUCUGGUUGGGUAUGAGGAUGAAGGACACUCCCUCUGGGAGCUGAAGGAUAUCCUGACCAUUCCAUAUUCUCUAGGAGUCCAUUUGCCUUACUUUUUCCAUGCUGGUGAGACUGACUGGCAAGGAACCUCUGCAGACAACAAUGUACUGGAUGCUUUGCUGUUGAAUACUAGCCGGAUUGGCCAUGGACUUACCCUCAAUAAACAUCCGGUAGCCGGGAGCUUGUCCCGGAAGAUGGACGUUCCUAUAGAAGUCUGUCCAAUCUCUAACCAGGUCCUGAAGUUAGUAUCUGAUCUCAGGAACCAUCCUGCUGCUGAGCUGAUUGCUGAUGGACACCCCAUAGUGGUCAGUCCAGAUGACCCAUCUGUCUUUGGAGCAAAGGGAGUGUCGUAUGACUUCUAUGAAGUGUUCAUGGGCAUUGGAGGGAUGAAUGCUGAUCUGAGGACCUUGAAACAAUUGGCAUUGAACUCUCUAAAAUACAGCUCCAUGCAGCCAGAGGAGAAAGCUAAAGCUGAAGACGUCUGGCAGAAAAAAUGGAACCAGUUUAUAGCUGAUUUCUCUGGUGUUUUCCCAAGAGAGCUCUAAGAGGGAAAAGACCCAUGUCAAAGAGAAUGUAGCAAGCUGGAGUGAACAAUGGCCACUGCUAGCACCAAGAGCAUUCUUUUUCCACAUUGUAUGAGUAGGUGGACCUCCAGCCUUCACUAGGAGCUGGGUGGUUUUGACCAAUUGGAAUUAUAAACAGCACAAACCCCUCUAUAAAAGUCUCAGAUGAAGGACAACAAUAAGCCUACAAAACACAAAUUUAAACCUGCAGGAAAUGAUCAAAAUGCUGUUCAAACCAUGAUGGGCCAAAUCCUGAAGUCUUCACUCAGGGAACCCCCUUUGAAAUGGCAGUCUGUUGGAGUUCUGACUCUACAAGUAUCUCGGCAUUUCACCUUAUCAUUCCAACAUAGGUGUCUCCUCGGGAAGUUGCUCAGACAAACAUCCUGCCAUUUGGGCCACUAACCUUGACCUUCAGGAAAGCAAGGAAUGAAAAUAACUCACUUGUGUUAUGUGCAACCUUAGGGCUGCUGUCAAGAGUAGCAUGGUUAGACUGAAGAGUCAGGACUUGUUCUAGGGCUUGGUAUUUCAGGAACUAUGAAGGCUAGAAGCAAGCUGAUAGAGCUGUACAAGCACUUUCAUGGCUAAAAUGGUUUCUGGAAGAAGGUGCAGCUUCUUUCUCUAUUCACCUUGGUACAGACUCCAAAAGGCUUCUUCACCUGGAGAAGUGGCCUCUGACUUCAAGAGGAACUUCUUGUAUCCAGAUUAAAUAAAAAACUCUAACUUUGAAUUGGGAUCCAGUAGCAGAUGCCCCUGCACCCAUGUGUUUUAAUCCCAUUGAUUUCAGUGGGAUUCAACAUGGGUCUGUGCUGUUCGAUCCCAAGGUAGGAUCUGCCCCUGAGUCUGCUCGGUUUCAGAUCCUGAGUUCAUAAUAAUUGGAUCUCCAGCCUAGCAGAGAACUAGACUCUGGCUGUUGAUAUCUAAUACCAUUGCAGUGUCCUUCAGUUACCGACUCAGCAGAAGAAAGGGAAAGCAGCAACAGCACAGUUACCAAACAAAUAGAAACUCUUAAAAAAACAGUAAAUACAGGAGAAAUAGAAAGCAUUUGGCCAGAAUAACUGCAGACCUGACAAUUCUGAAUGAAGGAGACUUCAAAAAAUUCCCCUUAAGAUGUCACUUCAGCAGACUCAGUGAAUUUUUUUAGUGUGAUACAUGAAGGGGCAGUUCUUCUACUGUUAGAAAUUGAGACAUCUCUGACUUUGAUGGAACUGCACUGAUUUACACCAGCUAAGGGUCUGUUGCAAAGACUUUACAACUGUUCCUAAAUGUUCCAAAGGCCUCUCUCCUUAAUGCAUGAGACUUGGUAGGCCUGGAAUUUUUUGAUUUAUCAUUCAGACUAAUUUGCUCAUGUUAAAAUGUGUGUUAGAUGUCCUGAGUUGCCUAGCCAUUGUAUUUUAUUUCCAUUGAUCUUAGUCAAAAUGCUACACAUAUAACAAAAGUGGUUCAUCUAUGUCACAGGUACACAAUGAAUGCAAUUUUAAAUUCUCAAAAAUU